AAUUGGAUGUUCCAAACAGUCUGAAUUUACACAGUGCAUUUAACACGAACAAAUGAAUAUACAAAGAUCAUCGACUGAAAUAAGAACCGACUUUUUACGCACCCGUUAAAUAUUGUUAUCCCAAAUGGAUCAGGACAAAAGUUAUGUUAACAGAUGCUGUUAACGAUGUUCUUCUAAUCGUUCGAAGACCAACAGCACAAUGCCAUCUGAUUUUCUGACUAAUGGCAAUCGAUUGGUAUAGUCAUUACCCAGGAGAUGAGUGCGCUUCAGUCCGAACAUUUCCUUUUUCAUUCCGUGUAGUGUCGGUAAACUAAACACUUAUCUGUCGUCAGUGACUUAACGAGAUGUUCCACGGAGCCAGGUUCAUAUUCACACUCAUGUGUUUACUGCAUGCAGUGGUAGGCGAUAUCAAAUCUAUGGAUGCUUACUCGAAUAUCUACGAGAAUAAUACGACUCCAUGUCCAAAUUGUAAUGACGAGGCACCUGAAGACGAUCCAGGAAGGAGGUACUUGGAGGGAAGAACUAAGUAUCAUAUUCAAGCUAAUACGGAGCCCUUUCUGAUCAGCCAGCAGUCCCGAUACCUGGAUAUACACAGCGAUUGCUACAGCUGGAUGUUUGGGGGUAAUCGUUGUGGUCAUCAGGUGUUUCAAGAAAUGUGUGAGAAACGACAAAAGCUAAAACUGAUGGAUGCAAGUCCACGUAACAAUUACUGUGGUACUCCAUCAGACGGUUAGACAGCAGCACCCAGUUCCAACAGCCAAAAUAUCUAAGGAUCAUUCUCAUUAGAACGGCAACUGAAUGGUUUUAGCGUUAGUUAAUAGCAAAUCUGUAAUUCCUGUACUUUUACCAAAUGCACGCAACAUAUUGAAUGUUGAGUUUUAAUACGAGACUUUUUUGUCCCAGCGAUGGAUUAAUUAAUCUGUAUUUACUUAAUUUUAUCUCCUAAACUUGUGAGUAUGCUUUAGUUUGUAUAUUUCGCUUGUAUGUAGAAAUGUAUUCAUGCAAAGCAAAAAUAAA